CUAAUAUGUAUACAUAUAUACGCGUAAGGAAUGUUACGAUCAGGGCUCAGGACAGUCAGGACGACUCCCAUAUGCGGCUAUCAAAAAUGUCGCGUCGAUCUCGGUAACCCACACGCUCAGUUCAGAGGAAGAAAUAUCAAAAGCGACACAUCAGAGUUAAAGGCAGAGAAGAUCAAAGAAGAAAAAGAUGUUUUAUUUUCUGAAGUUGAUACUGCCGAGCAUUUUGCUUUGUCUUUAUCUGCAAACAGUCUUCUAUUUGUUGAUUGAUUUGCUAUGUUUGAGUGUGCCAUGGUUAUUAUGGGGUACUAUUGUUUUGUUAUUGCUCAUAAGAUUCAGUGCAAGGGUGCCACCGCCCGAUGAUAGCGUUGUUAAAAAGGUGCUGGGCAUGGAUCCUUUGGUUUUGGAUCAGGAGGAAGAAAGGGAGAUUGACAGACAAACAGAGAAUGUAGAAGAAGAAGCAGCACAGUAUUGCAUUAGAGUCGUUGCCCACAGAGGAGCUGGAUUUGAUUAUCCUGAGAACAGUAUGUCUGCCUUCCGCCAUAGUCAUCAAAAAGGCUGUGAUGCUAUAGAGUUCGAUUUAGCUCUGACAAAAGACAAUGUUCCUAUUAUUUUUCAUGAUGAUACUAUUGAUAGAUUAACUGGUACUUUUGGCACUAUUAAAGAUAUGACCUGGAAUGAAUUAAAGGAUUAUGAUAUUUCUACGAAUCAUCCUCUCAGAGUAAAAUUAGAUACAAAUGGUGAAAAAAUAGCACUUUUUGAAGAAGUCGUAGAAGAGGCUUUGACUAACGAAACUCGUAUGUUUAUUGAUAUAAAAGCUACGGGAAAAGAAGUGAUCAAAGUGGUUCUUGAUGCGUUCAAAAAGUAUCCUCUGCUAUAUGAAAGAGCAGUCAUAUCCAGCUUCAACCCAAUCACUAUCUACAUGAUUAGGAGAAAAGAUCCGCGUAUUAUAGCGGGUAUCGCAUGGAGGCCUCAAUUUUUUUCCAUGGGUUUUUACUCUGGAAUAAAAGGACCACGAGAAUCUCGAUUCAGUAAUUUAUUUCUACACAUUUUAGCAAUGAUAGUUGAUGCUAUUCAUGACUGGGCUUAUGAUCGCAUAACGUACUACGUUCUUGGCUUAUCUUUUAUAUUACUUCACAAAGAUAUCAUAAGCCCUGAAGUCAUUCGUCUAUGGAACGAUCGAGGAAUUCGAGUAUUUGCUUGGUCAGUCAAUUUACCAUCAGAGAAAAAACAUUUUAUGAAAAAUCUAAAGGUAUCAUAUUUGACUGAUACAUUGAUGUCGUAAGAUCUCAAAAAAAAAAAAAAUUACGAUUCUCUAAACUUUUUGAAAGUAAGGAGUCGCUGAUAAAUUUAUGUAUAGAAAAAAAA